AUGUCUCGCUCCCUACUCGAUGGCGAACUCGCGGAAAAAGGCCUUCGUGGAGACCUUCUACAAGAGAACCGAAUAGGCACAAAGCUUGUAAAGAUAACCGGCUCAUUCUUUGCUAUGUUGCGCGGUACAGUCGAGUCUCGCAAACCAGCCAGGCAGACAUCAUUGAGAAGCACGGCCUAUCUGGAUGGCCUAAGAGGGUUCGCCGCUCUGAUGGUUUAUGUCGUGCACCACGAGGGUUGGGGUCACUCAAAUAUUGAAGGCAGCAACUCGUUCCUGGAAGAUGCAUUUGGUUACAAGGGCCAAUACUAUUUUGUCGGCCUCCCUGGAAUGCGCCUGCUAUUCACUGGGCACGUCGCUGUGCCUAUAUUUUUUGUCGUCUCGGGCUACGUCUUGGCGUGCAAACCCCUAACGUUGCUCCACGCAGGCGAGCACCUACAACUGGUCGACAACCUGGCAUCUGCGUUAUUUAGGCGAUGGUUGCGGCUCUAUCUGCCUAUAAUCGCGGUCACCUUCACCUGGAUCACCAUCUGGCAUGUCUUCGGCCUACGGCACACCGAUUCAUUCAGCGAUCCACCCGAAUCUACAUUUAGGGACGAGGUCUGGAAAUGGUAUUGCGACUUCAAGAAUUUCAGCUUCGUCUUUGAGAAUGAACCAUGGAACAAAUACGAUGCGCCAACUUGGACUAUCCCCAAAGAGUUCCGGGGUUCCAUCGUUGUCUGGACUGCCCUGCUCUCCUUUUCACGCUUCACGAGAAAUGCACGCCUGUGUUGUGAGGCCGGCCUGGUGUUCUACUUCCUCUACAUCGUCGACGGUUGGUAUUGUGCUGCAUUUGUUAUAGGACUUAUGCUUUGCGAUCUUGAUCUGCUGGCCCAAAAGAAUAACCUACCAGCUAUAUUUUAUCGACUCAGCAAGUGGCAAGGCCGAAUCUUUCUCACAAUGUUUAUUACCGGUAUUUACCUGGGUGGAGUUCCAAGCGUCACCAACGACAUUGAACACUUGAAAGAGUCGCCUGGAUGGCACUAUCUGGCCAUGCUUAAACCGCAAGCUGUUUUCGACUUUCGCAACUUUUACCGCCUGAUUGGUGCGACUCUCAUCAUGGUCGCCAUGCCCAGGCUGCCUUGGAUCAAGGGAUUUUUCGAGCUAUCGUUCUGCCAGUACUUGGGCCGAAUAUCGUACUCCUUCUACCUGAUCCAUGCACUUAUCCACUGGGCGAUUGGAGAUCGGAUCUAUGCUGCUGUAGGCCGAGUACGUCCGGGACACGAGGUUGUGGCGGCUGCAUGGAUGAAUCGAUUCACUCUGCCUGAUUAUGGCCCCUUUGGAUUAGAAGUGAAUUUUCUGGUCCCGCAUUUGGUGUUGGUGCCGAUGACUUUCUGGAUUUCAGAACUGUGCACCAGACUAUUUGAUCAACCCAGUACAAAAGCUGCAUCGUAUCUGUACAAUUUUUUGUUGGAUCAAAGUACGGUUUCGGAAAGACGGUAA